AUGGAUAAAUUUCUCAAUGCUGCCUGGCUUCUAUGGCUUUCACUCUUUCUCGCACAUUCUGCCUGGGGACAGGAUCGCAGGCCAUUUGACGUCUAUUUGGAGGAUCUUGACAUCUCGGGAAAUCCAGAUUACUUUGCUGACAUACGUUCUGAGGUAAUGGUUGAUGAUGACAUCGACGACCUAGUCGCCAAUGUCAAUUUUAGGAUACGUCAAGAUCUUUCUGAUCAAUGCGAUGUGCAUAUCUUGGGCUACCAAUCUGAUGAUGGUGUUGACUGGCUGGAAGUCUAUGCGCGAGACGAUAAUCUUUGCGAUUAUGUGGCAACGAACCAAUGUAUUUUCAAGAACAUUGGUCAGUAUGGCAACUUUCCUCGUCAAUGUCCUUUUACGCCUACGGACAUUCAGAUUAAAAAGUACCGCCCGGAUCCAAAUUGCUUUCCAAAAGGCUUGCGGAAAACGCUUUUGAGAGCGGGGAUUAUCAUAUCUUGCAAAUCUCCAAAUGGAACAGAUGUGGAAGCCUUGCGAAUAUCUACCCAGGUUAAGAUUCUGUGA